UAGUUAGUGGUUCGGUGCAUUAGGGUUUGGACCGAGCUCGCCGAUCUGGGGGUUGGAUUUGCUGAGAGACGGAGAGGUAGGAGAUUGUAGAUUCGUCACAACACCAUCGACAACUGCGAGGCACAAUGGGGACACUGGGUCGAGUGGUCUUCUCUCUGGGCAAGGCUGCGCGCACCACCGGCCAAGCUCUAGAUCGUCUCGGUUCACGCUUGCAAGGCGGCAACACGUUCAAAGAUGAGGUUUCCAAGCAUCAAACCGUUUUAAGCAUAUUUGACAAGAAGCCUGUCAUUGAGGAAUCCGCAUUCGUGGCCCCCGGUGCUUCUGUUGUUGGUGAAGUGGAAAUUGGAAAGCAGUCGUCAGUUUGGUACGGAUGUGUUCUACGAGGUGAUGUUCAUCAUAUCAAAGUGGGAUCAGAGACGAAUAUUCAGGACAAUACUGUAGUACAUGUAGCCAAAACCAACGUAAGUGGCAAUGUUGAGCCUACUGUAAUCGGCAAUAGGGUCACUAUUGGGCACAAUUCUGUACUUCAUGCGUGUACUGUUGAGGACGAGUCGUUUGUUGGUAUGGGCUCUACUAUUCUAGACGGAGCUGUUGUGGAGAAAGGUGCCAUGGUGGCGGCUGGUUCCGUAGUCACACAAAGGACUCGCGUUCCUUCUGGCCAGAUAUGGGCAGGAAGUCCUGCUAAGUUUUUGAGGGAGCUCACGGAUGAGGAGCGAUCAUCCCUUUCAGAAAAUGCCAUUCUUUACAUGGAUUUGGCGGAAGUUCACGCUUCGGAGAAUCGGAAAACUGCUGGAGAGAUCGAGGCUGACAAGGCUCUGAGAAGAAAGUGGGAAAUUCAGUCUGAUGACUACGAUUCCCACCUGGGUAUCGUCCGCUCUAAGAGACCAGAGAUUCAUUUCCCCAACAAAAUGAUCUCCAAGGGUCCCCAUUAAUUUUGUCGUGUCAGUUAUCAUAGUUUUAUUUGUUCUCUUCUCUUCGAGUGGAAGUGUUCCGUGGUCGUUAAUAAAACUUUGACCCAAAUGCGUACUUCCUUGAUAA